AUGGCCGUUGAAGGGAGAGAUGCGGGUGUCACUUCGGCAUUACAAAUCCAUCAAAUAAUCGUUUUAAAAAAGCGUUGCAGCUUGUGUCUGGGUUGGAUGCCGACGGGUUUUUUUUUCCGCACCUAGAGUGCCGUCCAUAUAAAGUACCACCGUUUUGCACUUCUCACCAAAUUUGUCUUUUAUCUUCUUAUCCCAGAGAUGAUCUUAGCCAAAAAGAUAUCUCAAACGCUUUUUUUGUAAUAGUUUGAGCAAUUUUUCUCAUACUUUUUGUGAGUCUGCCACGCUAAAAACGCUUUUCGGGCUGUGAAAUUGAGUUCAGAAAUUCUUGCUGAGCACCUCAAAAGGUAAGUACCAUGCAUAACCAGAAGAAAAAGUUAACAGACUCUUCGCCUCGAAAUUUUUUAUGAGAUUUGUCUAAGCUCUUUUGAACACGCCAGCAAGGAUUUUUGAACAGACCAUAACAUUAAUAUUUUAUGGAAUUGUUGAGUUUUCGCCCCGAAUUUUGAAUUCUUUUCUUUUCAGGUUCGCAACCAUGAUUUCCUCGAAAACCAUAAUAGUUCUUCUCGCCCUGGUCUCGCUGGCCUACUCGUGCGGGCAGACCGUCAAGUUCAAGGGACUUUGUCGAAUUUACGGUAGAGAGAAGGAUAUUCAUUUCAUUUUGUGAAAACUGGUUCCAUCUACAGUCGACGGUCAAAGUGACUUCAAAGAUGGCAAAGACGGAAAAGAUUCCGGAUCCGGCGACAACUCAGGAAGCGACGAAAAAGACGAGAUGAAGAAACGCGAUAAGUUCUCCAAGCGCGAUGUACGUCGAGUUCUUGAAUAUUCGAUGAGCUUUGAAAGUUUUCUCGAUGAGGAUCCAUCAAAUCUGAAUAUUGAGCUAACUUUCAAAAGCCACUUUAAAAGAUUUUGUGUUAUUUAAAACGAUAUUCAAGACUAUAAGUUCUCAAUGUACCUUGCAAGGCAGGUCAAUUCUUUUCUAGCGCUUCAGUUUUUUCACAGUUGGCUCAGACACUCUUCGAUGCACUGAAUAAGAACUCUGAAAGGGAGAAAAAUGAAGCUUUUCUUUGGGAAAUUACGCCUCAUAGUCAAAUAAAACCAUCGUGCGACGGUUUAAUAUAACUAUUUGUGUCUUAAUUCUCAAACCCCGGAAUUUUUCUGCGCAAGGCAAAACUUUUGAAUUACGCGGCACAUCAAAGAGUGUGUCUGAAAAAUGUCGAAAAUCCGAAACAUAAUAAAAGAACUCUCUCAUAACCAUCAGAUAGAGAAGAAAACUUUAUGUUUUAGAAAAAAAGGAGGGAUGUGAAGUGCAUCCGAUACGAAGAUGGAACUUCUGACAUGGGAGUCGAUCCAAACCUUGAGAAGUCCUUCUCGUCGUCGGGAUCCUCUUCCUCCUCUUCCUCGAGCUCUUCCUCGAGCUCGUCUUCGAGCUCCUCCUCUUCCUCAGGCUCUGUCUCUGGUCCUGACGGCCAUGGUCCUGGAGUUCCUGACGGCCCUGACGGCCCAGGAAAAGGAGGAAUCGGUAGGCUUUUCUUAUCAAGACCGCUUUCAUCUCAAUUUUCAGACAUCGACAUCGACGUCAAACCAAAGUAAUUUCCAUCGUUAACUUUUUGUUGUGUGUACAUAUUGGUUCUUUUAUAACUUAUUUGUUUUGGCUCAAUGAACUUUAUGAUGUAUUUGGUUGAGAUGAAUCCACAAAACAGACAACAGUGACGCUUAUUGGCUUCUCAACCGCGAUAUAGACAAUUGAUUUCGGCACGGAGCUCGAGCUCAAGCAACCAAGGAACAACUAUAGUCUCUAGUCAGAAAGAAAGAAGAAGUUUUUGAGCUUUUAUUCUUUUAAAAACUUUUUCAAACUCAUAUUAAUUGAACUGUAUAUCAAGAAAAAGUACACUAAGAAUAACUGACGAGAUAAACGCGAGCUCGGUGGCGGUACAUUGACUAACUCGCAAAAAUGUCGCUUUUUUCUAGGCGCGAUCCCGCAUUUCUCUCGGCGCGACCUCGCAUUUUUCACGGCGCCAUCUCGCAUUUAUCUUGCAUUUCGGAAAUUUUCAAACUGCGAGAGAAAUGCGAGCUCGCGCCUAGAAAAAUGCGAGCUCGCGCCCAGACUAAUGCGAGACCGGCGCUAGAAAAAAAGCGAGAUGUUUGCGAGCUCGUCAAUGUACCGCCAGUGUCUCGCGUUUAUCUCGGCAGUUAUUCUUAGUGUAGAACGAAAAUAAAAAAAGAUGGCGCGCAUUAGACCCAUUCCCGCCAAAAAUUUCCAAUCUGCACAUCCCGCCACACAAAAAAAUGCCGAAUUCUUAAUGAGUAAAGGGAAAAUAAUAUCGUUUAAACUUCGAAAAUCUACUUUAAUAUAUCUGUUCAGAAUAAAAGUUUGCCUGUGAAAUGUUCUGUUGCAUGAAAAAACACUUCCAACCUGAGGAACUUGUGAUUUUCGGCUUGAAUUUUAAAAUAAAGUUAUCGUAAGUAUAUAUCAUCUUUUUCAUGCUUCUUUCUAGCAAAAAACUUCCAAAAAAUUUUGCAAACAGAAAAAAUUAACGAUUUCUACCAUCUUUGAAUCUUGUUUGUAUAAUAUUUGACAUAACGGCAGAGAUGACAGAGAGUGUGAAAUAUUACGUCGCUUUGGUUUGACCUCAAUCGUUUCUGGGGUCAAGGCACGCUACUACAACUUUCUCGCAACGCCGCCUAUAUUUUUUUGUAAAUUUUUUUGAGAUCCAAACUCUAUUUUUCUCAUGAAGCGGAUCGACCAUCCGUUAAAAAUUCGCAUAAGUUGGAAGUCACAAAGGUUUUGUUUUUGAAAAAGCAGUCUGACAUCCCCUUUGUUUUUAAGUAACUUCAAGUGUUCUAUAGUUCUCAGAAGAGGUGUUUUACCGUUCCUCAUUUACCAAGAAAUUUUGGAAAUUUCCGAACAUUUAACGAAUUAUUUCAUCAAAAUAUAUCUGAGAGUUUUUUUCUCUCGAAGUUUCAGGCAUACUGUGGAUGGUUUACAGGAAAAAAAUUUCAGCAGCUCUACGAAUUCGCGGCUUAUUUUCCUCGAAAGUGUGACGCUUUGUACUUAUGCAGAUAUAUUUCGAUUUAUGGCCUUCUUCCUUGAUCCACAAACAGAAGAGAAACAAAAAAAGAUGUCCAAGUAGCCUCCACACGUCACUUCUGACCGAAACGUGAUAGUUUAUCAAAAGGGGGACAGAACAAGCCGCGCAGACGGUUCAAAAAGCUACGGAGAUCCUCGUUCAGCGAAUAGUUCCGCCCUGCUUCUCAUCUUCUUCAGGAUAUAUAAGACCGCAAGUCGCGAGGCUUCUUCACCAAUCUCACCCGUUUCACUUUUCUCGAAACUUCUUAGUGUUUUUUCAAAACUGUUCCCUUUUACAGCAGUUCAUUUUCAGAAAAUGAUUUCCUCUAGUCUCCUCCUUCUGGUUGUGCUUAUCUGCGCAUUGCUGAUGGUUGCCGAAGCUCAGUGGGGCGGAUAUGGAUGUGAGAUCCGAAAAAAAAGAUUUUCUGAACGUUUAUGUCCUUUCAGACCCAUACGGAGGCUACGGAGGCUACGGGGGCUGGGGACGUCAUCACCACCGCAGAUUCUUCGGAGGAUAUGGACCAUAUGGUGGCUACGGAGGACCUUACGGCGGAUACGGAGGCGGCUACGGAGGUGGCUACGGCGGCUAUGGACCAUGGGGCUACGGAAAAUAG